UUUCAAAGAUUUAAAAAGAAAAAAGAAAAAAACAAAGACCGGCGACAAUGGCGUCAAGUCAAUGCGAGCUAAGUCGGAAGUUUCGGAAGCUGCGGAUUCAAUCCGCUCACACGGCGACGCGGUCCGGGCACCUUUCCUCUUCCUCUUUCUAUGGACUAAUUCUUCCAAAGUACUCGUCUUGGCUCAUCAUCAUCAUUAAUCAACAGCUUGAAGUUUUGCAUCAUCGAAUUAUUUGUUCCCAGGCAUCCUUACCAGACAAGACGACCUCUUGAAGCUAAAGAACCGGUUAAAAUUUUCCGAUUCCCUGUGAGGCUGCGUUCUCUAAAAGCUUGAAACUUUUUGAUCGUGGAAGCAGGUUUCCAGUGAUUUUGCUGUGACAAUGGGAGACCUUGUUUCAGGAGCAGUUGUCGGGGCAGUAUUUGCUGAGCUGUUUGUAGUUGUUAAGGCAGCGGUGAAAACCACUAUCCUGUUCCAGUCCCGCUUAAGAAGCCUUGAGUCGACCCUGCAAUACAUAAAACCAGUCAUAAAAGAGAUCGAUUCCUUGAACAAACUCCUGGACAGUCCCAAAGAAGAAAUGAAGCAUCUGCAUGACCUGUUGAAACACGGUAAAAUCCUAGUGGAGAAGUCCUUGAGAGUCAAUGUGAACUUAUAUAAGAGGUACCGCUACUCCCUUAAGUUGGCAGACUUGGAUGAUGAUAUCCUAAAGUUCUUUCAGAUUUAUAUCAUGGUUAUCGGUCGUGACAGUAAGGAAGUAUUGGUUGAGGUGAAGGAUAGUCGUCUGGCCAUAAGGAAGCUGAGUUUGAUGCUAGAAGAUGUGUUGAAUAACAAAGGGAUGAGAAGUGUCGGCGCUGGAGGGUUUGGAAGUUGUGUGGUGCCCAAAGCCCCAGAGUUUGUGGUGGGAUUGAAUGUGUCAAUUCGACAACUCAAGAAGCAGCUGCUUGACAGAGGUGUGUCCUUAAUGGUUGUGUCUGCUCCAGGGGGGUGCGGUAAGACCACCUUAGUCGAGACUCUCUGUCACGAUGAGGAGAUCAAAGGCAAUUUCAAAAAUAAUAUCUUCUUUGUAACCGUUUCACAGUCACCCAAUUUCACCGUGAUGGUGCAGAACAUGAUUCAUCACAAGGGUAAGGAUGUACCUCAAAUUGAAACUGAACAGCAUGCGAUUGAUCAGUUGCAACAGUUGCUGGUGGAAAUAGGAAAAGAUCCAAUCUUGCUCGUGUUAGAUGAUGUUUGGUCUGAAUCAGAGUCCAUAUUGGAGAAGUUUUGGUUUGAGGAAGUUACAGAUUACAAAAUCUUGGUCACGUCAAGAUUUGACUUAUCAGCGUUUGGUCCUCCACAUAAGUUGAAUCCAUUAAAUGAUGAAGAUGCCCGAAAACUUUUCCUUCACUCUGCAACACCCAAAGUUGGCAGUUCCUUCAGAAGUCCCUCAUUGAUGAAAAUGACUGAUGGCUCAGUGGUUCCCAGGGACGAGCUUAUAGAUGAGAUAGUCAAGCGCUGUAAGGGAUCACCUCUGGCACUCACAGUAGUGGGUAAGUCGCUCUGCGGGAAGCAUCCUAAAAUCUGGGAAAGUACACUGCUUGAGUGGUCUGAAGGUUCCUUUAUCGAUACAAACAGAGCUAUUUUCGACUGUCUUCAGAGAAGUCUGGAUGACUUGGAUGGGAUGCCCGUGUACAAGGAGUGCUUCAUGGACUUGGGCUCAUUCCCUGAGGACCAUGCAAUCCCUGCCACUGCCCUGAUUGAUAUGUGGAUUGAAUUGCACAAAUUAGACGCAGAUGGUGUUCAUGCUAAGAGAAUACUCCAUGAACUCGCUGCCAGGAAUCUAGUUGAUCUUGUUGCCACUAAGAACGAUGAAAGUGAAGGUGAUGGAUUCUAUGAUGAUCUUUAUGUUCGGCAGCACGAUCUUCUUAGAGAGCUAGCUAUCCAUCAAAAUAGCCAGGGCCUAAUACAUGAGAGGAAAAGACUGAAUUUGGAUAUUCGUGGCAACAAGUUCCCAGGGUGGUUUACUGCACAAGAUGAACAACCUCUCAAUGCUCAUCUCUUAUCGAUUUCCACAGAUGAAUCUUUUUUGUCAGAUUGGCCCCACCUGGAACUUCUGGCAGUUGAAGUUCUCGUUCUUAAUUUCCGAACGAAGAGCUACACCCUGCCUAUCUUUAUUAAAAACUUGGUUAGACUCAAGACUCUUAUUAUCACAAACAAUGGGUUCUUCCCUGCUGAGCUGAGCAAUUUAGCCAUCCUCGGGUCUCUGCCUAAUCUGAAGAGAAUCAGACUGGAGUGCAUCAAAAUACCUUCUUCCGAUCCCUCUGAUGUAACCCUAAGCAACCUACAAAAGGCAUCGUUUUUCAUGUGUGAUCUGAGUCGGGGUAUGAUGGCAAUGCCGAAUCUUGCAGAGAUUGAUAUUGCAUACUGCAGUGAGCUGGAAAGAUUACCAACUAGUCUUUGCAAUAUUACUAGUUUGAGAAAGAUCAGCAUCACUAGCUGCCACAAUCUCUCCUUGCUGCCUGACCAAAUUGGGAAUCUCUUUAACCUCCAAGUUCUGAGGCUCAGUUCUUGCAUGAACUUAUCGGGGCUGCCCGAAUCUAUUGGGAGGCUCCAAAACUUGGCCUUCCUCGACAUAUCCAAUUGCUUCAGCAUUGGGGAAUUGCCGAAAGAAAUUGGUGGGUUAUGCAUGCUGAAGGAACUCCAUAUGAAGGGGUGCUCAGGCUUGUCUGCAGUACCUGAGGCUGUGGUCAAUCUCGAGCAGCUGAAGUACGUGAUUUGUGACGUGCAGAGGGCGCACUUGUGGAGACCCCACAAGGAUCGCCUCCCGAAAGUGACAGUGAAAAUCGUUCAAGAUGACAUCACCUUAGACUGGCUUCUUAAGUGAAGCUUUGAGCGACGACGCAAGAUCACCUGUUUUCGAUCUAAUUCUAUUAUGGGCAUUCUUGGUUUUUACACGCCAUAAUGUACCUCUUUUUAUUUUUUAUUUUUUUUUACUCGUAUUGCGGAUGAUGUGCUCAGUUUCCAACUUUGGUUGGGGUGGAUGGAUAAUGGAUUGCUUAUUUACUUACCAAUUGAUGUAACAGCGACGAGCUAAAUUGCCAUCCAUUAUGCUACUCUUUUAUGGAUUUCAUAUAGAUCAGCUGUA